CCGUACCAGACACCGAUUACACAGACCGUACCCGACACCGAUUACACAGACCGUACCAGACACCGAUUACACAGACCGUACCAGACACCGAUUACACAGACCGUACCAGACACCGAUUACACAGACCGUACCCGACACGAUUACACAGACAGUACCUGAUACCGAUUACACAGACCGUACCAGACACCGAUUACACAGACCGUACCAGACACCGAUUACACAGACACCGAUUACACAGACCGUACCAGACACCGAUUAAACAUACCAUACCCGACACCGAUUACACAGACACCGAUUACACAGACAUCGAUUACACAGACCGUACCAGACACCGAUUACACAGACCGUACCCGACACCGAUUACACAGACACCGAUUACACAGACCGUCCACGACACCGAUUACACAGACACCGAUUACACAGACCGUACCAGACACCAAUUACACAGACACCGAUUACACAGACCGUACCAGACACCAAUUACACAGACACCGAUUACACAGACCAUACCAGACACCGAUUACACAGACCGUACCAGACACCGAUUACACAGACCGUACCAGACACCGAUUACGCAGACCGUACCAGACACUGAUUACACAGACAGUACCCGACACUGAUUACACAGACAGUACCCGACACUGAUUACACAGACAGUACCAGACACUGAUUACACAGACCGUACCAGACACUGAUUACACAGACCGUACCAGACACCGAUUACACAGACCGUACCGACACCGAUUACACAGACACCGAUUACACAGACCGUACCAGACACCGAUUACACAGACCGUACCAGACACCGAUUACACAGACCGUACCAGACACCGAUUACACAGACCGUACCAGACACCGAUUACACAGACCGUACCCGACACCGAUUACACAGACACUGAUUACACAGACCGUACCAGACACUGAUUACACAGACCGUACCCGACACCGAUUACACAGACACUGAUUACACAGACCGUACCAGACACUGAUUACACAGACCGUACCAGACACCGAUUACACAGAGAGUACUGACACCGAGAAAACAAACUGUUGUUUGCAGCACUAUCAUUUGGACUUGGAGUCAAUUCCAUUUAAAUUCCAGUCAAUUCAUGAAGUACAUUGACAUUUAAAUUCUAAAUCCAAUUCUCUUCAAUGAGGAAAAUUAGGAAUUUUACUUUCUGAAUUGACCUCAACAGUGCUACUAUUCCUCUUCUGCUUGACCCGUUGUAUGAGAGCAGAGUGGAUGGACCAAACGCCUUGGAUAGGUACAAUUGAAUCAGAACACUGUGAUGACAACAGUUGAGUUGUACUUAAUACUAUUACAUCGAGAACCUGAACGAUUUGUGAACAUGGACAUCAUAUCACACUUUACCAUCAGCUGGUGGUUUUAUUCAUUUUAUUUAACCUUUAACUAGUCAAGACAGUUAAGAACAAAUUAUUAUUUACAAUGACGGCCUACCCCGGCCAAAACCUUUCUUAACCCGGACGACGCUGGGCCAAUUGUGCACCACCCUAUGGGACUCCCAAUCACGGCCGGUUGUGAUACAGCCUGGAAUCGAACCAGGGUCUGUAGUGACGCUUCUAGCACUGCGAUGCAGUGCCUUAGACCACUGCGACACUCGGGAGCCCUUGUGUUGUUUAUGAAGACAAGGGAAUUCCCUACGGGCCCUGGUCAAAAGGGCAUCGUAUCCCCUACGGGCCCUGGUCAAAAGGGCAUCGUAUUCCCUACGGGCCUUGGUCAAAAGGGCAUCAUAUUCCCUACGGGCCCUGGUCAAAAGGGCAUCGUAUUCCCUACGGGCCCUGGUCAAAAGGGCAUCGUAUUCCCUACGGGCCCUGGUCAAAAGAGCAUUGUAUUCCCUACGGGCCCGGGUCAAAAGAGCAUCGUAUUCCCUACGGGCCCUGGUCAAAAGGGCAUCGUAUUCCCUACGGGCCCUGGUCAAAAGGGCAUCGUAUUCCCUACGGGCCCUGGUCAAAAGGGCAUCGUAUACCCUACGGGCCCUGGUCAAAAGGGCAUCGUAUACCCUACGGGCCCUGGUCAAAAGGGCAUCGUAUACCCUACGGGCCCUGGCCAAAAGGGCAUCGUAUUCCCUACGGGCCCUGGCCAAAAGGGCAUCGUAUUCCCUACGGGCCCUGGUCAAAAGGGCAUCCUAUUCCCUACGGGCCCUGGUCAAAAGGGCAUCGUAUUCCUUACGGGCCCAGGUCAAAAGGGCAUCGUAUUCCCUACGGGCCCUGGUCAAAAGAGCAUCGUAUUCCCUACGGGCCCUGGUCAAAAGGGCAUCGUAUUCCCUACGGGCCCUGGUCAAAAGGGCAUCGUAUACCCUACGGGCCCUGGUCAAAAGGGCAUCGUAUACCCUACGGGCCCUGGUCAAAAGGGCAUCGUAUACCCUACGGGCCCUGGCCAAAAGGGCAUCGUAUUCCCUACGGGCCCUGGCCAAAAGGGCAUCGUAUUCCCUACGGGCCCUGGUCAAAAGGGCAUCGUAUUCCCUACGGGCCCUGGUCAAAAGGGCAUCGUAUUCCUUACGGGCCCAGGUCAAAAGGGCAUCGUAUUCCCUACGGGCCCUGGUCAAAAGAGCAUCGUAUUCCCUAUGGGCCCUGGUCAAAAGGGCAUCCUAUUCCCUAUGGGCCCUGGUCAAAAGAGCAUCGUAUUCCCUACGGGCCCUGGUCAAAAGUAAUACAAGGGAAUAUGGUGCCAUCUAGGAUGCAACCAAGGAUAGAAAAAUAGAGCAGAGAGUUGAAGUGCCAUCAUUUAAUAGAGUUAAUAGUAACACAUCUGAACAAAGUCAACCUGAACCAGAAGUAUAAUGUAACCAGCUCAUCUGAUCCAUCUACAGGGUCACAUUGAUUAGUGCACACCGUUUCAAAACGUAGCAAAAAAAAACAUUUGGCAACAGGAGAAAAAA